AUGGGCCACACUGACGACCAUAAACUCGAGUACCAAACCGUCCGUCUCAAGAAGGGCGAAUUCCACCCGGGGCUCCACAAGGUGACCUGGACAGAGUUCCGUAUCCCCAUCCUCUCCGACAGUGCCAUUGCUGGGCGCAAGGUUGUUCUGUUGGAUGAUAUCCUGUUGUUUGUUCCAAAGGCGAAGCAGUUGCAGAUCGCAGAGAAUAAUUUAGCGGUUUGUCUUGGUAUGGAUCGCAAAGAGCUGCAGCCGAUCAGGUUCGAGGCCCGACCUGACCAUAUCAUCGAUGUCGUCGGAUGA